UUCUGCCGCCCUUCUUGGCUUUGGCGCUAUCAGACGUGUUUGACGUCGCCGACUUGUUCGCAAAGAUGUCGUCAAUCUCUGUGCUCUUGGCCAUGUCUGACAGCAGGUGCGCGGGGCUGACAAGCUGAUCGACCUGCCGGAGCCGACACCGAUCGAUAAGCGCUUGACAGCGCGUCUUUGCAGCUGCGCGACGCUUCAAGCCUCAGAUGACGACGCUCAUACCCAUCCAGACGAGGCUCCAGCUGUCCCGCGAAGAUGUCGGGACGCCAUUCAAUCUGCGGGAUCGCGGCAGCUUCCCUCGGCUAGUCUGCGAGGAAGAAGCAGAGCUCGACGCACUCGAGGAGGCUUCAGAAGCAAAGAUGCGCACAAUAAGGACCUAUGGCUUCUCCUGGAUCGGAGUCAUCGGCAAGUCUACCAAUCUCGAAGAGGACGCAGACGACGAUCUCAAUGCGGCAGAAGAGGCUGCUUCCCAGCGUGCGGACAUGUCCGUCCUCUUCAGACGUGAGCAAACGGACAGCACGGAAGCUGCCAAUGGCGAAGAGCAAGACAACGGCGAGGCAGACCAGACUGAGCCGCCUGUCGACGAUGCAGAAGACGCGGAUGGCACAGCGGACCACAAUUCGUUGCCUGCUAGCAGCACUGGGAGCGAAUAGAUGGCCAAUCGCUCGCAUUUGCACCAUUUCCCGUUCGGCGCGUUUUAGCGCAUUGUCGGUACAGACUUUGCAGGUCGCUCA